AUGGCAACGGCGUCAGGACCGACAGUGGAGAAGGGCGCACGGCUGGCCAAGCUUUUGAAGGCCUCUGAACGCUUGGUGAGUUGCUCGGUGGCCGACAUCCUGAAGCAGGAUUUUGAUGUGCUUUUUGACGUGGCCUUAUCUCCCAGUGACAUGCAGAGUUUGCCACAGAUGAAGACAUGGAUGGCAUCGACCUUCGCCGACAAGGCCAACAAAGCCCAGUCCGAGGCCAUGUGGGAGUAUCAGAUUGCAGCUUUCAUGGCUCGCCUUGAUGCUCAAGCGGAUGAGGGGCCACCCAUGGACGUGCCGAUGGAGGCCGAUACGUCCUCUGCUCUGAAGGAGUCGGCUCGGACCCAUGAGUUGCAGGCGAAGCUGGAGAUGCUCAGGAAGCAUUUGCAGCAGCAAGAGAUUGCGAACCAAGCACAGGAGAACACCAUCAUCGCUUUGCAGGAGCAGAUUGAGGCAGCACAUGGCAAGCUGGAUCGGGACACCAACCAGCUGGUGGCAGAGCUUUGUGGAAGCCGGAGCCGUUGCAGCUUGUCCAACAGUGCCAUGAAUGGAGCUGCUGGGCUGUCAGCCGGUGUUGUCAUCGUCGGAAUCUUGGUGCCAGCUGGGCCAGUGAACUUCCCGUCCUACCAGGCUAUAGCGGCCCCUGCCAUCUACGCCAAGCCUGAGGGUCUCGUCUACAUGCCACAGGGUGCCCACUUGCAGGUCCCAAUGGCACCCCAUGACGGCAACAGCAGCUUUCCAGUGACCCCCCGGAGCCCCGUCCGGCAGCACUCGCCGGCGGAGACGGACACCACCGCCGACGACGCACCCUUAGAACGUCCCCGGCUGAGCACCAGCGCCGCCCGGCGGAUGCGCCGGAAGCGGGCGGCCGAGCGCGCACAGCAGGCGGCUGAGCAGAGCCGGAACAACGAGGGAACGAGGACGGCACCCUUGUCUGCGGGAAGAGUAAAGAGCGACUCCAUCAACUCCAUUUUGGAGCACUGCGAUCUCCUUCGCUCACAACUGGCCAGCGGAAUUGCUGACGAAGUUCAGAAAGCACUGGCCGCGAUUCAAGGUCAUGUAUGGCAAUUGUCACAGCAUGCUACAGGUUGUCGACUUGUACAGCUCGCGUUGGAGACCGGAUGUCACGAGGCGGCGCUCUUGACGCGCGAGCUACACGGGCACGUGCAGGAGGCGGCCGUCUCGCCACACGCCAACUAUGUGAUCCAGAAGGUGGUUAGCACCCUGACCUGGGCGACCUCCAGUUUUGUGGCCAAAGAGCUCCUGAACUCCUGCGCCCGCCUCGCACGACACCGCUACGCCUGCCGUAUCUUCUGCCGCUUGCAGGAGUUCUGCGGGAACAGGGACCUCACGCUCCAGCUGAUUGAUGAGCUGCUGGUUGAAGCCGAGGAUUUGUGCCGUCACAACUUUGGACACCACGUGGUGCAGUCCGUCUUGGAACAUGGCCACGAGAAGCACCGAAAGGUCGUGGCCACGAUCCUGAGAUCGGACCUUUUGAGCUUCGCCAAGCAUCGCAAUGCCAGUUACUUGGUGGAGAAGGCUUUGUCCUACUGUGCACUCGAGGACCAGCAGGCCUUGCUGGCUCAGCUGGGGCGCACCGAAGUCAUCGUGGAGUUAGCCCGAUCACAAUUUGGGUGCUACGUGGCCAAGUCCUUGUUGCAGGAUGAGAGGGUGAACGGCAAAGAGGCUUUGAGACGAAUCCAGGCGAAGCGGAAGACUGCCACUGGCUGGGUUUGUGGGAUGGGGACUUGGACGGUGGUCCUGUAUCCUCAUCCUCCAGCUUUUGAUGCGACCACGGGCAGGCCUUGGCGGGCGACUUUGGACGGACUCGCCAUGGGCAACGUUUGCUGGUUGAGAAUCUUGGGAGAACUUAAGGAGAGCUUUGGUUGUAGUGGACUCUUCUCCAUUCUUCUGUCAGUAUGGAGGGAUCUUUGCUGGGCCUUCAUGAUUCUGAACGAGAGAGGUCGUGAGGCGCCAGAGCGCGUGCCGGACGACCGGCACAGUGGGUCGGCAGCCGAGAUGGUCGGCGUGUCAAUGGAGUUGGAAGAUGAGCAGGAGGAUGAACCAUCCUACGAUGAUCCUGGCCAGCAGGUCGCAACUGCCGGGCAGAGCUUCGUCUUAGCUUUGGCGGACGUGCUGACUCAUUUGUCCUCAUUGAGACCACCGCCAACGGGGCAACGGGUCACAAAGUUUCAUUCAAUUCGCCCGCCCCAGCUUCCUAUACGAGAUUAUCUUUUCAGGAUUGCCAAGUAUUUUCAGUGCAGCCGGGAAUGCUUUGUGCUGUGCCUGGUGUAUAUUGACAGGAUCGUAAAGCUGCAUCCAGACUUUACGAUAUGUAGCCUGAAUAUCCAUAGGCUACUGGUGACCAGCGUUAUGCUGGCUGUGAAAUUCUUCGAUGAUGUAUAUUACAGCAACGCCUACUACGCCAAGGUAGGAGGCGUGCGAACCAGAGAGGUCAACGCGCUGGAGAGCCACUUCCUUCAGCUUAUCGAAUGGAAGCUUCACGUGACUCCAGAGGAGUUUGAUCAAUACAGGAGCCAUGUAUGCACAGUUGGCGCUGCUCAACCUGUGCCCAGGCUCACUGCCGAUGAAAGCCUUGGCUGA